AUUUAGGAAGAUCCAGACAAAACAAAAGCAUGUGAUGCCAUCUUUUCUCGUUGUAGUGGUGUUUGGUACAGAGCUUCGUACUUGUACUGUACUAUUCAAUCAAGAUGAGCCCAAUCGCUUCCAUUCUGUUCUUUUGCAUCAUAUACUGUGCAUCAACAGUUGAUGCCCGCUCGGUUGGCUCAUUAGUGGCGCCGAAACCUUCCAGUUCAAAGCCAAGAAUAUUUCGUUCUUCCAUCAAUCGCUUCGUCGAUAAAUUGUUUCAAGAAACGGACGCCAACAACGAUGGGCAAAUCAGUUUCGAGGAGGCCUAUAUCGGAUGCCUCAUGUUGUAUGUACAACUAAAUCAAUCCGCACCCAUUCCUCCGCCAGACAGAAAAAAAUUUCGCCGAAUCUUUUCGCAAGCCGCGGCAGAGGGGAACAAGUGGAACAACAAGAAAAAUGCACUAGAUUUGGAGCAAUACGAAAACAUGCUCAAGAAAUUAGUCGCAAGAGCGGUUCUGAGGUUGACUUCCCACAAAAUUGUGACCAUAGCUGGAGCUCCUCUAUUGGCCGAAAUGAUCGUGCGCAGUCUGGCAAAGAGAAAGAAAGGUUUCGAAGAAUUGCUGCGAUCCAUUAUUCCACUUCAAUUUCAAGAUGCCACGAUUCCAACACUCACUUCAAAGGCGUUUCAUCGCGGUCUCUGGAUGGUCAUCCUAGUGACAACUCUCGGAAACAUAGUUCUGGCCACUGUGACUCAAUUGCUGGAUAUGCAGUUACCGAAACCAAAACGAAAAUGAUCCUCUCUCCUUUGAAGCCGUUCGUCAAUCACAUAACGGUUUAGUUACACCAAAUGGUGGCACAACAAAGCUAAAGCCAACGCUAACAAUAAUAUUCGAAAACUAUA